UUAUAUAUACCCUUUUCUUAAACCCAUAAUAAGACCUAGCCGCUUCUCAUUUUCUUGCCUCUUAAACCCUGAAACUCUGUUUUCAUCAGAUAUAUCUGACGUUAUCUGCACAAAUGGCUUUCUGCAACAAACUUAGUGGUCUUUUGAGGCAGAGCAUUUCUACAAGCGGCAAUGCAUUGAAUGCACAAGCACCAGCUGCGUCAAUGCUUAAUGCCAUGCGUUGCAUGUCAACAAAGCUUUUCAUUGGGGGUCUUUCAUAUGGAACUGAUGAUCAAUCUUUGAAGGAUGCCUUUGCCAGCUUUGGUGAUGUCGUUGAUUCUAAGGUUAUCACCGAUAGAGAUACUGGAAGAUCGAGGGGUUUUGGGUUCGUGAACUUUACAGAUGGUGAAUCUGCAAAGGAAGCUAUGACAGCAAUGGAUGGACAGGAACUCAACGGGAGGAACAUCCGCGUCAGUCUUGCCCAAGAGAGAGCUCCUCGCAGCGGUGGUUUUGGUUCUGGUGGUGGCGGAUAUGGUGGUGGUUAUAGUGGAUCUAGAGAAAAUGACGGAUUCUAAUUGUUCUUGAGGCAUUGGCUAAUUUUCGUAGGGUAGGACUCCUACCGUAGGAGAUAGGAAUUAACGCGAUUUUGUAUUGAAUGAUUUCUAUGUAGCUUUUCAUAUAUGCUUCUAUAUUAAGUUUUUUCAUAUGAUACUUGACUGUUUCUAUCUUCUACUAGCUAUUUAUAACUUUAUAGUAAACAUUUCCCG